AUGUCUGAAGAAACUCAAAAUACUCCGAUUGAAGUAAACAGUGAAGCAACCACAUCGCAGGUGGAAAAUAACCAUGUGGUCGAUUGGAACCGUAUGCGAACAACAGACUUGAGGGCAAUGUGUUCAAAGUGUGGCCUUCAGGUUGAUGGUAGUAAAACUGAAUUGGUGGGCCGUUUGGAAGCCUUCUGGAAUGAUCCCGAAGAGGAACCUGUGAAACCAGAUGCAAGAAAGGGAAAGUCAGUUGACCAUGAGUUCGGUAAAAAAUAUGAUGAAAGAGAUAGAUCCCCUCCUUCGGAGGAGCUUGGUUAUAACGAUGCUUUUUUCUCCUACAUGGAAAAUAAGGUGGAGGAAAAAAUUGAGGAGAAAUUAAGUAAUUCAUUAUCGAGGGUACUAGAUAGAGGUUUGCAACAAUGGACAGCAAGGUUAAAGGGUGCUAAUACGAUUGAGUCAAGUUUCCCUAAAAAGAAAUUUAGAAGAAUACGGGAUCAAUAUGAGUAUGAUUCUAUAUGUGAUGCAGGCAUUAUGCUUCAGGGGGCAAUUCAAGAAGAUUCGAGAGAAAAGGUAGAGGAGGUACAGGAAAGAUUGAGGCUGAGGGUGUUUAUUUUAAGGGUGGUUGAGGAAGAAGGUUGGAAUAUGGUGGCUAAAAUUCCGAAACCAAAUGAGGAGGGUGAUGAAUUUAAGGAAUUAUUGGAUGAGGCUAGGAAGAAAGCAAUGCAACGGGAUGGAUUUGCCUCAUCGUAUUAUCGAAGACCAUGGCAAUUUAAAGGAAGACGAUUUUGGAGUUGGGGUGCGGGAGGAAACUACUAUACGCCGUAUCCUCAUCCUCAGCAGUAUAUGCAGCAGUCACAAUUACUCAUGAAUCAAUUUCAAAACCAAAGUAUAUUUUCUAACACGGGUCCUACUUAUCAGAAUGCAUUUAAUAAGAAUUUGAAUAAACAGUUUACUUGUUAUUAUUGUGGGGGCGCAGGUCACACUGCUUCAGUUUGUGCCUCAAGAUCGGCAGAAGAAGGAGUUGAAAAAAAUAAAAACGUUAGUAAAUAUGGAACAAAGCAGAGAUGUUGUUGGGAAGAUCCACGAGCCAGUUGCAGUAAGAUAUUGGAUGGAGAAAAUAAAUCCGCCACCAGUAGUAGCAUGCUGGUUAAAGAAUCAAGUGCCUUUAUUUCCAAGAAAUGUAUGGAGUUUAGUCGAGAGCGGGAUUCCAAAACCUUACAAGUUGACUCUAGAUCAAAUGAAAUGGCUAAAGGAGGAAAUUAG